UCGAAUAGAAACCACCACGAGUAGAGCUCGUGCUGGUUGACAAACGCACACACCUUCGUACACUUUAUCGAGGCAAGAUGGCGAGCAAGGCCUGUUGUUCCGCCUUCUCUCCGGACGGUCAAUAUUACGCGUAUUGCGGCAACGAUGGUAAACUGAGGAUCUGGGAGACCGCGAGCAGCCGGUUGAGGCACGAGUACAUCCCCAAUCAGCACUUAUCCUCGCCGUGCAGCGUCAUAGGAUGGGUCCUCGUGAGCCAGCAAUCGGCGAGCAACGCAUCACCAUCGUCGAGGAAAAGACGCAGAAAAAAAUCAGUUUCGGAGGAUGUCGAGCACAAGCCUGUGGUGGCGAUGGGUUCGGCUAGUGGGAAAGUCAUGUUGUACGAUGUAGCAACCGCUCAUGUCAACGUUGUAUUGGAGAACGGUCAUUCGUCCACAGUUACGGCGAUGGCCUGGUCAACGUGCAGCGGACUGAUCACUGCCGCCGACGAUUGUCACAUUGUCGAAUGGAAUCUACAAGAGAACGGAAUCAAGUGUAAAUGGAAAUCGGGCAAGGCAAAAGUCACAGCUCUGGCAAUCCCAGCUAAUAGCAAGUCUUUGUUGUCCGCCGAGAGGAUAAUCAAGUGGUGGAGUUUGACGACGAGACAAUUGAUUCGCACGUUUACCGGACAUGCCAAUCAGGUCAUAUUUCUUCAUACGAUAAAAGUAGACGACUCGACCUGUUACCUAAUCAGCGGUGCUCGCGCGGACGGUUAUCUCUCUGUAUGGUCGUUAGACAAGAAUAAAAAUGACAAAACGUCGAUGGCAACAUUAUCCUUGCAAGACGAAGCUACAUCCAUUUCGACAAUUGUUGUGGAAGAAUCGCAACAAGUUGUUAUAUUGGGUACUACUCGAUCGGGUCAAGCGCAAUUGUUCAAGUAUCAACCAAACGGUCACACGAAACCGUUGAAACCAUCUCUAAACAUUGCGGUUGCAGCUGAUGUCAAUCAGAAAGAAACUGUUCAACAGAUUCCUAUUUUAGCAGGCCAUUUAACUGAGGAUGAAAAAGUAUUGUUGAUGUAUGGUAGUCACUUGAACUUGACGUUCGAGAAAGUUACGCCCGAUUUUUCGGACAAAAUACAAUGUUUAGUUAGAUCGGAAAAGUUGGACACGAAAAAAUUAAAAGAAAGGAAAGAAGAGACAGUUUCUAAAGUAAAACCUACCUCGAUAGAAGAAGACGUUGAAUAUCUUGCACCAGGAGUAGGAGUCGCGACAUUGAAAAGAAAUAGGACCAGUUCAGGUUCUCAAUUACUCUUGAAAGAUAGAUUAGAGAAUCUUAGUUUGGAUACAGACGGGAACACAUCAGGAAGGGUACCGUCGAAGGGAGCCAAUACACAAUUAUUAAUGCAAGCAUUGAACAGCAAAGAUAAAACCAUUUUGGCGACGGUGUUGUUCACAAAGAACGAAACUGUAAUUCGUAAUACCAUCGCGAAAUUGCCAGUACAAGCAAUAGCGCCGUUGCUUAAGGAAUUGACCGUUAUGUUGCAAGGCAAAACAUAUGCGAGUAAAAUUGCGGUGAUGUGGUUGCAAGCUUUGAUAACAACUCAUGCGGCGCACUUGAUGUCGCGACCAGACAUCGCGGAAGCGUUCAGUCCUAUUCUAAGUUUUAUCGAUGCAAAAUUAAUGCUCUUGACGGCUGUACAAAGAUUAAGAGGUAGAGUUUCCCUAAUAACGGGACAAAUAUCUCAAGCUAACGAGGAACAUAAUAAGGACAUCAUGGAGGAGAGCUUGCUCGUUUAUCAAGAUCCAGAUUCGUCGGAUGAAGGUGCUGACAAAGACGAUAUUGAUUUGAGCAGCGAAUCCGACGAUAAUUGGGAAGAAAUGUCGGAUCAGGAUGUUCAAGAUGAGCAAGAUGAAGAAGACAUCAAAAGCAUUAAAUCCGAAAUCGAUGAUGUGGAUGAUGACAAUGAUUCUAUGCAUAGUUGAAUAUUCAAUCAAGUUGAUUAAUUGACAGAAUAAAUUACUUAAUCAUGAAUUCAUUGAAGGCCGCAAACCCACUUCCAACGAUUUGCAAUUUGCUACAAUGUCAAGACAGAAAUUCAUUUAUAAUCUUAUAUGGUGCAUAUAACUGAUAUAUAUUUUUUUGUA